CGAACCGUGAGAUCAUGACCUAAGCUGAAGCCAGAGACUUAACGGACUGAGCCACCCAGAUGCCCCAAGACAGGGCAACUCUUGGGAGCUUUGCUGGGAGCAGGGACUUGUUAUGAAGAGAGACCAAGUCUAGGAGGCAGAGGCUGGAUGCCCAGGGAGUGGAAUGGUGGAUAUCAGAGGAUGGCUGGACAUGGAGGCGAGCAUGUGGUGUCUGUUGUGCAUGGGGAAAGGGGACCUGGGCUGUGCUAAGCUUCAGGCCAUGCAGCUGAGGGGGCAGAGGCAGUGGGGCAAGACGGGGAGGGCUCCCCAUUCUAACCAGGGACAGUCAUGCUUCUGUCCCAUGUGCUGAGCCGCAAGCCCUUCUUGGCCAGGUGGUGGCCUGAACCCUCGCCUCCCUCUUCUCACCCCCUAGCCUGGGGAGCUGCACUGAGGACCCCCCAGGUUGCCCUCUCAGGUCUUCCUGUGUCCUCAGGUGAUAAACACGAGGUGACUCACAGGGUGUAUGCCCUGGAUCCAGUGUCUCGUUAGUGUGACAUUUCAUGUCAUCUGCUUUGAGUAGAAUGUACUGGGUGUGCCAGGUGGGAGGCAGGUCAGGAACCCUGGGUAAAAAAAAUGCUCGCCAUAGACUGAACACGUGUCCUUGCAAAAUUCAUAAGUUGGAAUUCUAACCUCAAGGUGUUGGUAUUUGGAGGUGGAGCCUUUGGGAGGUGAUUAGAUCUUGAAGGUGAUCUUGAAGGUGGAGCCCUCAUGAAUGGGGAUUAGGGCCCUUAUAAAAGAGGCCCCAGAGAGGUCCCUUAGCCCUUCCGCCAGGUGAAAACAUAGGGGAAGGACGAUCAUAUAUGAACCAGGAAACUCUCAUCAGACAUAGAAUUUGCUGGCAACCUGAUCUUGGACUUCCCAUUUGGCAGAACUGUUGUUUACAAGCCCCCAGGUCUAUGAUAUUUUUGUUUUAGCAGCUGGAACAGACUCAAGACAGUGCUCCUUCUCCAUUUCCCUGGCUCUUCCCAGACUCCUGCCCCACAGUGGGUGGCAGGGCCACUGUUAGCCAUUGCUCCAUCUCAAGGUGGCUUGUGCGAGCACAUGGUCUGGAGCAGACAGGGAUGUGGCCCAACCAGACUCUCCCUGAGCCGGGAGGUGGCCUGGUGUGCCUGGGAGCUGCCAGUUCCCAUCCUCAGACAGGGCCAUUUGAACUGGGAUUGCCCUGAGCUGGGAGCCAGCCAACCUGGUUUGGGAGGUAGGAUGCCUGAGAGGAUAGAGAUAUCAACCCAGUGGGUGAGGUGAUGGGCUAGGCUUGCAGAAGGGACUGGCAUUUAUUGAGUGCCUACUGUGUGCCCGGGUGUGCUCUGGGCACUGUCCCCACCACCUCACCUGGUCCUCCAUUGCAGAAUGAGGACUUGAGGGGCACAGGAGGGCCAUGGGCCAUGGGAGGGUUUGUGUCCUGCUUCCCAAGUGUUAGGAUGCAGAUUCCUUUGGAGACACCCUCCAGGUCAAGGGCUGGGAACUGGGGCUCCAGUGGAGGGGGGGCCUGGUGGGGGCGGAAAGUAUCCUACCAACAUCUUGGUCGUCAGGCGCCUGUAGGCGUUGUAAACGGCCCAGGGCAUUGUUUUUGCGUGGCCCCUAACGUGAGCCUGUCCCGGAGGCUGGGAGGGGCGUCCUCUCCCCCUCCCUUGCCUCGCCCUCCUCUCCGCUCCCUCCUCCGGGCGGGGUUCCCGGAACAGGCCACCGGGGCGGGGCGAGGAAGCGGUGGCCGCACGGGUCGCUGAGGCUGCGGCUGCACCACAACCCCUGUUGCUUCUGUCCGUCUGUUCUUCUGUCCGUCCGCCACCCAACUAUGGCUGCGAGUGUCCCCGUGCCACGGAUCCUGCUGCUGCUGCUGCUGCUGCUCCUGCCGCCUCCAGGUGCCCACAGUGAAGUGUGUGUGGCUUCCGGUGGACGCAUCCUCUUCCCUGAGUCCUGUCCUGAUUUCUGCUGUGGCACCUGUCACAAACAAUACUGCUGCUCUGAUGUGCUGAAGAAAUUUGUGUGGAAUGAGGAAAAGUGUGCUAUGCCUGAGGCCAGCGUGUCCACCAAUGUAGAGCCACUGGAGCAGCUGGGCUCGGCGCUGAGGUUUCGUUCCAGCUUGGACAGUGACCCCAUGUCAGGGUUUGGGGCAACUGUAGCCAUCGGCCUGACCAUCUUUGUGCUCUCUGUCGUCACCGUCAUCAUCUGUUUCACCUGCUCCUGCUGCUAUCUCUACAAGUUGUGCUGCCGGCCACGUCCGGUCGUGACCACCACCACGGCCACCACCGUGGUACACACCCCUUACCCUCAGCCUCCAAGUGUGCCACCCAGCUACCCCGGACCAACGUACCAGGGCUAUCACCCCAUGCCCCCACAGCCAGGGAUGCCAGCGGCACCGUACCCAACACAGUACCCACCACCUUACCCCGCUCAGCCGAUGGGCCCCCCGGCUUACCAUGAGACAUUGGCCGGAGGUGCGGCCAUGCCCUACCCUGCCAGCCAGCCUCCUUACAACCCGGCCUACAUGGACCCCCCAAAGGCAACCUCCUGAGCAUGUCCCUGCAUCUCUGGCUGUCACCAUGUGUGUGUGAGUGGGUAUGCAGGCAUGGUCCUUUUCUCCCCGUGUGUGGUGUGUGAGUCCUGUUUGUACAUGACACUUGUGAUGCUGACGUGGUGGGGAGCAGUCCUCGCCAGAGUUGCUGGGACCCUACUUUGUUCUCUUCCUCACUUGAAAUCGUGCUCUUUUGAAUUCUCAAACAAAAUUCAAAGGCUAGGGUGAGUUCCUUCCCAUACCACCCCAGGACCAGAUGGGGCUUGUCAUGCUAGGCCAGUACAGCUUUCCGUGGGCAGCGUGCAUAUACCCGGUUUCGGCGGAGCAGCUAGCCACUGCUUGAGGCCAUGGCCUGUCCCGAGUGUGGGAGACUCUUCAGAGAACCAGGGCUCUGAUGCAGGCCUGUGGAUGAGGCUUGGGACCUGGGUUUUAAUCCUUUCAGCAGACGUCCCAUAGUCCCCAGAUCCUGUGCUGUGCCCAGCGGAGGGCUGGCAGCCUCCUGAGACCAAAACAAUUCAGGUAGAGCCCCCAUGUGCCCCCAACUGCCGUCUGCCUGGACGGUCCUGCAUCCUCCCCGGCACUGCCCAGAGGGCCACAUCCACCUGCGGUUCAGGCUGUCCUGGCUGGCUGUGACCGCCACCAUGGGUAGGCAGGGUAGCCUCUGUCCACCGGUGCACUCAGGUGUCCUCCCUGCAGUGUUUUUAUUUCCUUUUUAGCCAGACAUUUUGCCUGUUUUCUGUUUCAAAGUGUGUGUGAUAGUUGUUGUGAGGGUGAAGCCCCUGAGUCCUGGAGGAAAACUGGCCCACAGAGAGAGGGACGGUCUGACCUCUGAUAGUCCCUGCUUCUCCAUCACCAGCUUCUCGGAACAUCCAGCUCCCGUAUCUGAGUCCACAGUGUGUCUUGGCACCUGGGACACCUGGGCCAAGGGGCCGUCUGGACCAAAGGCGCAGGGGGCCUAGGUGGCUGCUCUAGCCCAGAAAUGAAUACCUCGGUGUUCCCUGUCCUUCUGUUAAUAUCUCACCAGAUCUGUCUUAGCUUUGUGCCUGUUGAUGUGUUUGAGAGCCUGGGGUAUGCACCUUUGUUUAUAAUAAAUGCAAACAUUUGGG